AUGGGCUCCAGAUGCAUUUUACCGACGAUUGAUUUCGAUCUAUUAUGGCAAGGCUGCCACAGAGGCCUCGAUGUUUGUUUCGUGCCGAUCCAGGAGAGCCCAUGGGGCCUGAUAGAUGCCUCCGAUGUCGAAGCCAUCGAGGUUGAGCAGAAGAAUUGCCGGCAGUCUGGCGGCGACUGGCGAUCUAUAUGGUCGUGGAUUGACAGGGGAGAGUGGGUCGAAGCUGGAGAGCUGAGGGACACUGGUCUUACGCUCUUAGCGAAGGAGUACUUGCCUAUCAACAGAUGGGUAGACGAUCUUGAAGUUGAUAAAAGUGAACUGCGUCGUAUCAUAUACAGUGCGUUCGGACGACUGACUUCUUACGUUUGGGUGGACUACCUCCGAUGCCGCCUGGACCCUACAGUGAAGGCUGUGAUGCUCGUGGCUGAGGUAUGCAGUCCUCAAGCUUCCCAACUGGAACCGAUUAUUCGAGACCAUCUCGCAAGAUAUCAGGAGGGUUUCGAGGAGUCUUAUGAUCCUGUUCAUUUGAGCCCGGAGCCUUUAGGAGAUUCACUCUACGUAAGAAGGCUGCACACGACUUGGAUGACUCAUGAGCGCAUCAUGCGCCACGGCUAUGCCGACGGUUUCGAUGGUGUGGAGGGUGACGCGACUGUACACUAUCGUGUGGACGAUGGUUUGGAAGUUCCAACUAGUGGUGCUUUUUUGGAAGUCGACGAGAAUUUCAGAGCGCCGCAUCCACAGCCAGCCUACUGUUCGGUUCGGAGUUUCGUGGAGGGCCGAGUUACGACGAAGUUGGUGGAUAGAAAUGCUGAGGAUGCAAGGAUUAGAGAUGUCUAUGCUCUGUGGAAAGACCAACAACAACAGGCGACAUACUACAAACUAGUCUGA